UUUAUAUUUGUAUGUUUUAUCACCACUUUAUUUGGGUUGUGGCAGGUCCAGUUUUUCCCGAAUCAAUGGGCACAAUGUAGUUACACACCUGGGACAAGACGCCAUUCCAUUACAAGAUCUCGGACAUCGCCCUAUCACAGGGCCUUCGCCCUGAGAUAGUCAAUCAAGUCUGUAUGUAGAUGCCCGACCAGUCAAAAGCUGUGCCGGCCGCUGCCUGUGAACUGAUUUUGGAAAAAGAAAAAUAGAAGAGCAUGGACAGCUCAGUGACCCUGUGGCAGUUUCUGCUGGAGCUGCUGCUGGACCCGAGCAACAAGCAGCUCAUCCACUGGACCAACAAUGAGGACGGCGAGUUCAAGCUGCUGCAGGCCGAGCAGGUAGCAAAGCUGUGGGGGGCGCGCAAGAACAAACCCAGCAUGAACUACGACAAGCUGAGUCGGGCCCUGCGAUACUACUAUGAUAAGAACAUCAUUAAGAAAGUGAAUGGCCAGAAGUUUGUGUACCGCUUCGUCUCUUACCCCGACAUCCAAAAAGGUGAUUUUGCUGGCCGAACCGAUGCGAAUGAACUGACCUCCUCAAAUCCUGAGCAACAGUCAAACAAAGGACCUGCUACCAACAAAGCAACAAAGGACAACUGCAACAAACAAGGCACCGCCGCUCCAGGCCAGCCCAGAUCGUCGAGCCGAAACGAGUACCUCCACUCGGGUCUGUACACGUCAUUCACGCUGACCUCUCUCCAAUCAGGAACACAGCUCUUCAAAUCCAUCAGGAUGGAAAACCCCGGCGAGAAGCUGGCAGAAAAGAAGGAAGCCACACAGCCGCCGUCGGUUAUUAAAUUCGGGGCUCCGCCUCAGAGUAAGACACUGACCCAGGAUGCAACGGCAGACCAGACGGAGUCUGCACGUCCAACUCGGACACCGGUGCAGAUUUCGGAGCAUGAAAAUGUGCAGCCUGCUUCGACCGUGCCCAGCCUGCUUGAGGUAGCCUCUGGUACUGAGGGGGCAGCGAUCAACCUCACAGGGGUUUCCCCCUCCCUGGCAUGUUCCUCUCCAUCCCCCAGCAUACUGGCUGACUCAAAGGAACUGGUGAUCGACACUGACGUCGAGUCUGUGUCCUCACAGCCCACCGAGUUUCACCUGCAGCUUCAGGCCUCGUCUGAAUCCAGUGUUUCUGAGUUGUCACUGUCACCGUGUUGCAGUCAGAGUGGCAAAUCAUCCAAGAAGCCCAGAGGUCUGGAGCUGAUGCCCACUCUGUUGGUGAGCAGCUCUGACCUGAGUCCCUUCAAUCUGUCCAGUCCGUCGCUCCCCACAGCCUUUCUGCAGACGCCCUUGUUGCUCACGCCAAGCCCUCUUCUGUCCAACAUCCAUUUCUGGAGCACGCUCAGUCCAGUCGCCCCUCUCAGCCCGGCCCGGAGAGGUGCGCACACACUCUUUCAGUUUCCCUCUGUACUGAGUUCCACUCAGUUUUCAGUGCCGGUACACAGCGUGGAGAGCAUCAACACACCCGGACCUCUUUCGCCAGACCCGCAGAAGACUUAAAAGACUCCCUGUAUUCAUGGGUUUGCUUCUAGAUUUGAUGAGUAUUUUCAUCCCUCCAUGUUUGUUAUUGUUAGAACACAGACCAAUCCUCAGUCAGACGUCAGUCUGUUCACCAAAUUACCCUUUCUGCUGGGACAACGACUGAUCGGGUGCUUCAUUAUGGGUGAUGGGUAACAAGUUCAGCUUUCUGAAGUCUCUUCUGUCUGGAGGGAAGGAUUUAAUAGUGUUCUUUUUGCUCAUAUGGACAACAAGCCAUCAGAAUAUAGGUGUCAGCUGGAUACAGUUCCCCAAGGAUUGCCGUUCAGUCCGCUGUCAUAUCGAUUGUGUUUUUAUGUGCUGGCCUUAAGGGAGGAGAGAUCGGCUUUCAGGGAACUGUUAUAGUGACUAAUUCUAGACUAAAUGAAUACAUGGUGUAAGUUUUUUUUUUCCCUUUAUGACGUCAAUACAGCCACACUGUUCAAAGCUCUUAUUUAUCAAAGUUGUGUACAGUCGAGUCUAAUCAUAAACCAAGAGUUUUAUUCUCACAUUUGGUUGGAAUGAUGUAAAUUUAUCGUUUAAAUGUCCAAUUUGUGGUCAUAUCAACAGUUACUUCCAGUAUCAUCAGUAACACCAGUAUUAUCAAUGUAAUUGUUCUGUCUAAUUCUAAAGCAUCUGCAGACAUACACAUUUGUACUUAAGUCCACUUGGUGCUGAUCUGAACCUCCAUAACCAGAAGCCAUGCACUUCAAAACACCAGCAAGUGGUUGGGAAUAGAUCUGGCUUUCUUAAAUCACAGGCCAUUCAAAGCAAUGGUGUUUGCAGUCAGCCUACACAGUCAUGCUAGCUUUAGUAGUAGCACGGUGCUCUAGAGUCCUAUUGUUUUUAAAACGUGGCAUUUCACAUCAGGAAAAUUUUGCCAAUAAACAUUGACACACAUCAAAAUCUAUUGGUUUGUAAAGAAAAUGUAUUGGGAAAAGAGUGUCGAACAGGAUGCCAGUUUGUUGUAGGGCAUCAAACUCUCACACAUCAGUUACAGAAUUAUUGGAUGUACAGGAAUCCUUGUACUUCGUGAUAUGUAGACCCAUGAUAUGUCGAAACCAUAUAGAGUUUCUAGUCUUGCAGUUAGGUAUAUAAAUUGGAAAACAUUGAAAGAUCAGCCAUGCAAUUAUGGCAUGUUUACACUGCUGUGGUUCUAGCAGAAAACCAAAAUGUGCACUUCAAGCACUUCUAAAUCUUUGUGGAAUCUCUUUUUUCCCUUUGGAUUUACUUCUAUUUCUUAAUAUUCUCCUAUAGGCUAAAGUUUGGACACCUGCAUCAUUUUAUAUUAUUUUAUAUUUAGAUCAUUCUGAUCUGCAUACCUGAUUUGGCACAGUUUGCACAUCGGAUGCUCUUCCUGAUGCAACCCUUCAGCACUUAUAGCACGCACACAAGUGCACCACCCAAUGGCUAGACUGUUCAACCACCUCCCCCUGAGGUAUAGCCAGAUAUGUCUGUGUAGAUGCCUGACCAGCCAACAGCACCGUUUAGAUUACAAGCCCGGAUCUCAGCAGUACUGAGCUAUUGCUAUUACUUUUAAUUAAUAGUGUGUAACAUUUUAUGAAUCAGAUGCUUAUAUGUUCAUAUGUUUUCACUUUGCAGCUUUGAUGAAUAAGAGCCAGUGAAAUAUUUUUAUAUAUAUAUUUUUAAAAAAGUUCCUUUUUGCAUUGUUGUGGUUCUUAAAUGAUUCAGUUUAGUUUUUCCCAGUUCUAACGGUUCUAUUUGUUUUUAGUCAUUUAUUUUGUUAUGGAUGAAAAAAACCUGUUGCUUUCCUUAUUUGUCUUUGUAUUUAAAGUGACUUGAUGUUUUUUGAACAAACCUUUUCUCACUUUGCACCUUCAGCCAGAUCACAAGCACCUUGAUAUCCUGCUCAGAUAAGCCAGACAACCAUGCACUUAUGCACUGAUGUCUCAGAGACGGCUAUAGAAAUACGUCUUUAAACAGAAUAGAGAUUCUAAUCUAUUUUAGUUAAGAAAUAACUAAGUAAUUCACAGGGACUUAACAUUCAGAUCUUUAUUUUUCUAGGCCACAAAUGUUUACACAGUUCAGUGUAUUUUUCAAGGAAUAAUUAUAUAUAAAAUAUAAACGAAUGAAAUGAAAGACAUUAGGGCAGACCAGAGCCGUAGAUAGAGAGAGUUGCGACACUCCUUGAUCUCGCCGCUACGCGGUCACGUGGUUCAUGUAACCCUCAAUAGUUCCAAACAAACCCGGCGCUGUCAUGUUCUCAAAUGGGACAGGCAGCAGUAAAUGAAAUAUUAAACGGCAAAUAAUAAACAUUUGUACAAUUUCUGGGUAUUUUCAACUGCGUUUACAUUUACUGCAUCUGCUUUAAUGUCAAUUUGGUAUA